GGGAGAGUGAAGGCAAAUGACAGGGAUAUUGGAGAAAAUGCACAAUCAGCAUACAGCAUCAUUGAUGGAGAUGGGAAGGAUGUUUUUGAGAUAACCACAGAUCCUUAUACACAAGAGGGAAUUCUUCAGCUAAAGAAGAUACUUAAUUGAUCGUCACACAGACCUUGAAAGGCAAUUCAACAUAAACACUGACAAUGGAAAGAUAAUGCUGGCCAAACCACUGGACAGGGAGAUGGACAUGUGGCAUAACAUCACUGUGACAGCAACAGAAGUCAGAAACCACAGUCAGAUCUCUAGAACUACUGUGACCAUUAAAGUUUUAGACAUCAAUGACAAUGCACCUCAGUUUGCCAAAGAGAAGGAGGUGUUUCUCUGUGAAAAUGGAAAUCCUGGUCAGGUGAUAGAGACGGUCAGUGCCAUUGACAAAGAUGACCCAAUUAAUGGACACAUUUUCAUUUAUAGACUGGCUUCAAACAAUCCAAAUUUUACAAUAAAAAACAAUAUAGACAAUUCCAUAAACAUUCUAACAAAGCACAACACUUUCCAGCGGCAAAAACAAGAAAUGUACCUCCUGCCCAUUAUCAUAAAUGACAAUGGAAACCCUCCAAUGAGCAGCACUAACACACUUACUAUCCGAGUGUGUAGCUGCAGCAAGGAUGGUGCCAUCCAGUCCUGCAACGUGGAGGCCUUUGUGCUGCCUAUUCGACUAAGCAUGGGAGCCUUGAUUGCUAUUCUUCUCUGUGUGAUCUUAUUUUUAGUCAUAGUUGUUCUUUACGUGACACUCCGUAGCCAUAAAAAUGAAACACUGAUUGUUAAAGAUGAAGAUGAUGUCAGAGAGAACAUUAUCCGAUAUGAUGACGAGGGUGGCGGUGAAGAAGACACAGAGGCCUUUGACAUUGCUACUCUGCAGAAUCCUGAUGGGAUCAUCAGCUAUUUGCCAAGAAAGGACAUCAAACCAGACCUGCAGUUCAUUCCCCGGCAGGGUCAAGACUCUGAUUCCAAUGGUGUCGAGAUUGAUGCAUUCAUCAGCACGCGGCUUCGUGAGGCAGACAAUGACCCUACAGCUCCCCCUUAUGACUCCAUCCAGGUCUAUGGAUACGAAGGGAGGGGCUCUAUUGUUGGCUCAUUAAGCUCCUUGGAAACAGCUUCUGCAGACUCAGAACAAAAUUACGACUACCUCAGAGAGUGGGGUCCGCACUUCAGAAUACUGGAAGAGCUCUACUUGAUGUCAGACAAUGAAAAAGACACUUGACUUGGGAUCUGUGGAAUCAGUUUUGUUUAUGUAGUUGCUGUACCAGAUUUAACAG